ACAUCUUGUCCUCACAUUUGAUCUUCCUAAAGUAUCCUCUGGUCUGUUGUGUUGUUAUAUUGAUCUUCAUAUAUUGGCAAACAAUGUCUUUUUGUUCUUUCCUCCGGAAUGAGGUUUAUAAAGAUCAUUUCAACCCUGGAAUGUACGUUUGCUCCCAAUGUGGACAUCCAUUGUUUUCAAGCAGGUCCAAAUAUGAACAUUCCUCCCCCUGGCCUGCUUUCACAGAGACCAUCCGAGAAGACAGCGUAAAAAAAAUCAUGGAGUCAUUAACAGCUUACAAGGUUCUAUGUGGAAAGUGUGGCAAUGGACUAGGUCAUGAGUUCCUGAAAGAUGGACCAGAGGAGGGCUUAUCACGUUUCUGAAUAUUCAGCCACUCGCUUAAGUUUGUCCCAAAAGAUAAGGUUGAUAAACACUAAAGCGAAGUUGUGCUGAUGAGACCGCCGCUGCUAAGCACCCAUAACAAGAUGCCAUUUCAUGAAGUGGACAAGGAAAAGUCCCUGACUGGGAGUCCUGUACACAGAUCUAUUAUGGCCAUCCUGAGAUUAAAUCAAUCUAUUUUUACUACUAGUCUAAAUAAGCUCUGGGAAUAUGUGCACGAAGAAAUAUAAUUACAUGCUAAAACAAGGAUUUUUUUAUUUAGAGUUUUAAUAUUGAACGUUUAAUGAUUUCCUGGAAUGUCAUUUAUAGCACUGCGAUGAUGAAUAUGUGAUAUAUCUGAACCAAAGUCUGAUUUUGUAUGUCAUUCAUUCUAGGCAUAUAUAAAUGCAUUUCUUUAUAAUACAUUUAGAAAUGGUUUAAAUAGUGUUUGAUUCUGUCAUUAAUUCCAAAUAUACUUUUUUAAAGUUGAAAUAAAAAGGCUGUUUGGUUUUAAAAUGA